CUCUCGAUUUUCUCUCUCUAGGUUUGAAUAUAAAUCUCCCUUUGAUUGUGCGUAUGUGUAGGAUGUUUCUGGGUGGCUUUAAUCUUUGAAUUAGCAGUCAAUUUUUCUGUUUCUGUUUAAUUUUUUGUGGAAAAUUUUUCCCAAUGGAAUGCCACCCUUUGGUCGAUUUUUGAGAUAAAUGGGUAAUUGGUGUUUCGAGCUGUUUGUUGUUGUAGUUCACAGUGAGAAUGAAUCUUGUUUCUUUUUGUUUUGAUUUUUUCAAUGUUGUUUUGUUCAGGAAUGAAGCAGAUCGACCAUGGGGAAUCGUCUGUAGUUAGUGGUUUUUUCUAAUUUUUCAUAUGUAAAAUCGGGUGUUUAGCUAUUUUAUGAGGGAAACAUCAGGGAAUUUCUCAAUUUUGGUUUCUAUGUUCGAUUCGAUUAGAUUUUGUGAUGAGGGGUUGGUUUGGUUGAGGAAUUCUGAUUGUGAUUGUGUUUUGUGUGGACUGAAAUUCGAAUAAUUCUGGUUUUUUUUUUGUUGGCAAAUUUUGUUUUUAUGUGCGAGGAACAGAUGGUAAGGGGAGGGAAGGUUGGUAGUAAGAAAAAUUUCAAGAAAAAAUUUCGACCUAAAGAUAAAGGUUCUGAUGAUUCUGAUGAGGAUUAUGUUGUUUCCAAUGAUGAAAAUGGGGUUUCUGAGUGUUCCGAUGAGGAUUAUUGCUCCUAUUUAGAUGAAAAUGCAUCUGGAGAGGAUAAUUUUGCUGUGGAGGAGCAGCAGCCUGGAAAGGUCAGGAAAAAGGACGGAUCGAAAGCUAGGAAUGCUUUCGGUUCCCAUAAAGCAAGGAAGAAAAAUGGACGAAAGAGGCAACGAUUUAGUUACAAAGAAGAAGAUGACGGGGAUGGGGACGAGGAUGAUGAGGACUAUAGUGUAGAUGAUGAUAAUGAUUAUGAGGAGGAAGAGGAAGAGGAAGAAGAGGAAGAGGAAGAAGAAGAAGAGGAAUAUGUCGAUGUCGAUGUUGAUGAGGAGGUUGAGGAUGAGGACUUUAUGGUGGAAGAAGAGGAUUUUUCGGAUGAGGAAGAACCACUUGUUAGGAAGAGAGUAACCAAUAUGAAACGGGGUCGAAAUGGGGUGCGGAAAAAUACCAUUGGCAAAGUUGGCAAAAAGAGGAAACCGAAGGCUGCAAAGAAGCCUUCGAGGAAUAAACGGAGAAGGAAGAGUGGCCCACGAACCAUACGGAACUCAGAUGAUGGUGAUUUUUCGGACAAUUACUGUACUACAGUGAAGAAUACGAGAAGGAAGAAGCCAGUUUCGAAGCGGAAAAGGAAUGUUGUACAAACAGAUUUAGAUACCUUCCUUUCUGGUUCAUCAGACUAUGAAUAUACCAUCUCUGAAGAAGAGAGAGAGCAGGUGAGGGAAGCCGAGAGGUUGUGUGGUCAUUUGAGAAACAGAGCAAGGAGUAUACCUUCGCCCCCGAAGAUUGAGGACUCCGAUCCACGCCAACAUCGAAAACCUCCUGUUAGGAAGGGCAAAGAGAAAUUGGAGGAAGUCAAGGCUGAGGUGAUAAAGCAAGUUUGCGGUAUAUGCCUAUCGGAAGAAGAUAAGAGGAGAGUCCGGGGAACGCUUAAUUGUUGUUCUCACUUCUUUUGUUUCUCUUGUAUUAUGGAGUGGGCAAAGGUGGAAUCGCGUUGCCCUUUGUGCAAGCAGAGGUUUCAGUCAAUUAGUAAGCCUGCAAGAUCUACUGCUGGAAUCGACUUAAGAGAAGUUGUCAUACAGGUUCCUGAGCGCGAUCAGGUCUAUCAGCCAUCUGAGGAAGAAUUGAGAAGUUAUCUCGAUCCCUAUGAGAACGUGAUCUGUAUCGAGUGCCAUGAAGGUGGGGACGAUAAUCUAAUGUUACUCUGUGAUCUAUGCGACUCACCGGCGCACACCUAUUGCGUCGGUCUUGGCAGAGAAGUACCAGAAGGGAAUUGGUACUGUGAUGAUUGUAGAACCAUUGCUCUUGGAUCAUCGAGUCCACAGCCCCCAAGUCGACUGUCGGAUCGAAGAACAACCAACAAUUUGUUUAACAGAUCAUUUCCUGUUGCUCACCGGGAUGGUUUAGACUUGAAUUUUCUAUCUUCGCCUCGUACUCCAUAUAUUCAAGGAUUUGGAAACGCCAUGUCUCCUCGAUUACCUGCAGAAGUCCAAUCAACUUCUCCCAUGUCUCAAGCCGUUGCGCCAACUCUUUUAGGGAGACGUUUUAUUCGGCUGCGCAUCAAUCACAUGCGCUCUUCAAAUCAAAUGGGUUUAGUUAACGAUAGAACUGAUGGUGUUUCUGCUGCUAGUCCUUGUGGUGGAGGUACUGUAAAUUCACAGACAGAUCAGGGUAGGGAAGUAACAGCAGAACAUACACGAGCUCAGGAAACGACAAUACCAAGCCAAACUUUGUUCGGGGAGAGCUUACAUGCCAAUCCCUCCCCAUUAAUGCAACAUGGAGAUUUCCUCGACUCCGAAACGAGUCAUUUGCCUGGUCAAGCAAUUGAAGAUCCUCAUCUUAGCAUACCAACAGAGAGAGUCGACAAUGGUGGAACAACUUUGAACCCAUUGACAAGGCUUGCAGUUGAAAAUACGACCACAACUGACGAUCAAUAUAUGAAUGGAGCAUGGUGGCCUGUGCUCACAGGGGUGAAUUUGUUAUCGAACUGUGAGCAGAUCCAUAAUUUUAGCAGUGUAUUAAACACAAGUUCUGAUAACGGUUCGCUCCCUCCUUUGCUCCGAGAUGAGAAAGAUUAUAGUGCAGCAAGAGAGCAAUUACAACCAAUUAUCCAAAGCCAUUUGAAGGAUUUAUCCAGAGAUGUUGAUCUAGGUCAAAGUACAGCAGCCGAUAUUGCCAUGAAAGCUUCCAACACAAUUUUAGCUGCAUGCGGAUUUGAACACUUGAUAAACGAAGCUUAUAGAGCAUCACCACCGUCCCAAUGUUCCCACAUCGAAUUGUCAAUGGGAGAAGGGCAUAGAAGCCUGAUUAGAGGCCUUUGCUCAGCUUGUUUUGACUCGUAUGUUCGGGACAUAGUGAAGAAGAUUACCGACGACAUGUCGCUGCCAUCGUGGUUGAGUCUCACUCUAUAGGAGGGAUUGUUUGCAAAAAUCAGGCGCCUGCUUUUUGCAUCCCUUUAGUUCAGGGGCCAAAAUUGUUGUUAACUUGUCCAUAGAAUUGAU